CACACCAUAACCGAUCAGCCACUGACGGACGCGCCCUGCAAGAAGUGCCAACUGAAGAUAUUCCGACUGGAUUGAAAGGUGACAGGGCACCAUGGGAGGAAAGCUCCGACACCUGCUGAUUUUCCUUCUCAUCAUCAUGAAGGAGCUCAAUGUGCCAGAAGCUGGCUGCAGCUGCGAACCAUCAUCACCGUGCAGAUGCACCAGCAUGGGCCUCACCAGCAUCCCUCAGAACCUCCCUACAUCCAUCUCCAUGUUAGACCUGGACGGUAACCAGAUAACAAGCAUUCAGGCUGGUUCUUUCACAAAUCUAACCCGGCUAAAAGCGUUGCAUCUGCACUUUAACAUGAUAACAGUGAUUGAGAAAGGCGCAUUUGCAAGUCUGUCCCGUCUAGAAACGUUGACGCUAUCCUUUAACCAGAUGACAGUGAUUAAGUCUGAUUUAUUCGUAAAUCUAAUCCGUUUAAGAGAGUUGUGGCUGGAUGGUAACCAAAUAACAAAUAUCCAACUUGGAGCACUCUGUUAUCUAUCCCAGCUACAAAUGUUGAAUCUGUGCUUUAACAAAAUAACAAAUAUUCCUUCUGGAUUGUUUUCAAAUCUACACCAGCUGCAAAGGUUGUACAUUAAGUACAACAAGAUAACAAUGAUUCAACCUUGCACAUUUGCAAAUCUGAUUCACCUUAAAGAAUUGCGUCUGGAUCACAACCAAAUAACAUCGAUUCAGUCUAGCGCAUUAACAAAUCUAACCCAACUUCAAGAAUUGAACCUAUCUUAUAAUAAGAUAACAAUGAUUGAUUCUACAUUCUUCCUUUAUCUUAUCCAUAUGCACAAACUUGUAAGUUUAAGCAUAAACCUUUAUAGGAACCCAUGGCAGUGUGAUUGUAGGAUGUUCUACGUUAGGUUACUAGUGUAUAACUGGGGAUUCGCUACAUCUGGUACAUUUAUAGACCGAAUGAUAUGUGCCCGACCCGCAAAAAUCAGUGGAGAGAAAUUAAUGGAUGCUGAUGUUGGAGAAAUGAUAUGUGAUGAAAAGCCAACCACAUCAACACCUCCUGUUGAUGUGCAAGAAACUUUAAAGGACUCCUACAAUUGUGCUGGAAGUGGCCAUGAUAGUAAUCUGAUAGGACAGGACCAGCCUCAAGCUAUUACUGAAGCCAACUUUAACACGACAGCUACUGUAGUGGCCAGUGUUCACGGUCAGCCAGGGCAGGGUCAGUACCAGGCCACCACAAAAUCUUUGGUUGUUAAAAAUCCAGUUUAUGGCCCAGAACCUACGGCCUUCAAGCUGAGUCAUCUGUACAAUGCCGAAUGUCAAGGCAAUUCUCAGGCUGACCCUUGA